CGCCCCGGACCGAAGCUUGUGUCCCCUGUCCUCCCGAUGUGGCCCGGUACCCCUGUCCAGCCCCAGCCGCCUGCUUCUGCCAAGAUGGGCAUCUCACUCCUGCUUGCCCUCUGCCUCAUAGCUCAGGAGCUCGGUUUCUCUGAGGAGACACCCCCAACUCGGUUCCCAUGGCGCCGGCCUGCAGGGCUGAGCCGAGCAAAGAGAGCCUGGGUCAUCCCGCCGAUCAGCGUGUCUGAGAAUUACAAGAGGCUCCCUUACGCCCUGGUACAGAUCAAGUCAGACAAGCAACAACCGGGAGGAGUCAUCUACAGCAUCAAGGGCCCCGGUGUAGAUGAGGAACCCAAGGGCAUCUUCUCCAUUGACAAGUUUACCGGGAAGGUCUUCCUCAACGCCAUGCUGGACCGGGAGAAGAAUGACCGCUUCCGGCUGAAGGCUUACGCCCUGGGCCUGGGCGGGACCACGCUGGAGGACCCCACCGACCUGGAGAUUGUCGUGGUGGAUCAGAAUGACAAUCGACCCCUCUUCCGGGAGAAGGUGAUCACAGGCCACGUCCUAGAGGGAGCCAUCCCAGGCACCUACGUGACCAAAGCCGAAGCCACGGAUGCGGACGACCCAGACACGGACAACGCGGCAUUGCAUUACUCGAUCCUGGAGCAGGGCGGGGCCGAGAUCUUCAGCAUCGACGGGAGAACCGGCGAGAUCAGGACGGUGCAAGUCGGGCUGGACCGGGAGGUGGUCGGGGUUUACAACCUGACGCUGCAGGUGGCCGACUUACACGGCGAUGGGCUGACCAACACGGCCACAGCGGUCAUCUACAUCGACGACGUCAAUGACAACCCCCCAGAGUUCGAGAGUGAUGAGUUCUCCGUGGAGGUGGCGGAGGCCACCGCUGGGGUAGACGUCGUCCGGCUGAGCGUGCAGGACAGAGACCUGCCCGGCUCCCCCAACUGGGUGGCUGAGUUCACCAUCGUGGACGGAGACCCCGAGGGGGCAUUCGCCAUCCGCACUGACCCCAAGACCAACGAGGGAGUCUUGUCUGUGGUGAAGCCCCUGGACCACGAGACCAGGGAACACUACCAGCUCACAGUCUCUGUGCAGAACCCGGUCCCGCUCCAGGCCUCGGCGGCCCAGUCAGCCCGGGCCCUGGCCUCGGUCACGGUGAAGGUACAGGACGUGAACGAGCCACCCGUGUUCCACGGAAACCCCCGGCGGGUGAGCAUGGCGGAGGGGGCCCCGGCUGGCAGUGAGGUCACCACCUUCUCCGCCAGUGACCCUGACUUCCAGCAACAGCAGCAGCCGCUCAGUUAUCAGAAGGACUACGACCCCGAGGACUGGCUCCUGGUGGAUCGCCACUCGGGCAGGAUCCAGACCAAACGGACCCUCAGCCACAAGUCCCCUUUCCUCAAGGACGGCUGGUACCGGGCCAUCAUCCUGGCCAGUGACAAUGCCACUCCUGCCUGUACAGCCACGGGGACCCUGUCCAUCGAGAUCCUGGAGAUUAACGACCAUGCCCCUGUCCUCACACCACCGGCCGGGGCCCUGUGCAGAGAGCCAGGGCAGGGCGGCGGCCUAGUCCUGAGCGCCACAGACGAGGACCUGCCCCCUCACGGGGCCCCGUUCCUCUUCCAGCUCCACCCCAGCUUCCCCGAGCUCUCUCGCAACUGGACAAUCAGCCCAGUCAACAUGACCCACGCGAUGCUACGGGUGCGGCCUGGGGGCCAGGAGGGGCUGUACACCCUGCCCCUGCUGCUCAGCGACUCAGGGCAGCCGCCACAGCAGCGGGAGCAGCUGCUCAACGUGACCGUGUGCCACUGCGGCGAAGCGGGCGGUUGCCUGCCCGAGGCCGCCGCCCUCCUCUCCGGGCGGGCCGGCAUCAGCCUGAGCGCCCUUGUCAUUGUGCUGACCAGCGUCAUCCUCCUGUUGGCACUGAUCCUCCUCGUCGCCACUUUGGAGCGCUUCCGCCAGCGGGCACGGGAGAAGGGGCUGCUUGAUGGCCUGCAGGAGGAUGACGUGCGAGACAACGUCCUCAACUACGAUGAGCAGGGAGGGGGCGAGGAGGACCAGGAUGCAUAUGAUAUAAACCAGCUGCGCCAUCCCAUUGCCGGACUCCCGCCGCCCUCCCCCCGGGCCAGGCCUGCCCUACGCAGAGAUGCCCCCUACAACUUCACCGCCCCACAGCAACUCAGGAAACCACCCGCAGGACCCUCAGACAUCGCCAACUUCAUCAGUGACGGUCUGGCGGUGGCAGACAGCGAUCCCAGCGUCCCCCCCUACGACACGGCCCUCAUCUACGACUAUGAGGGCUCGGGCUCCCCAGCCGGCACGCUCAGCUCCAUCCUGUCCAGCCAGGGCAACGAGGACCAGGACUAUGACUACCUCAGCGACUGGGGACCCCGCUUCCUGAGGCUGGCCGACUUGUACGGGCAGUAGUGAGGGGCGGAUGGGGCGCUCCCCCACCCCGCCACUGCUCUGUGCUCUGGGACCGAGGCCCUGAUCAGCCCCUGUGACCUCCACCCGCCGGCUGGACGGCUGCUUCUAUCCAACAGGCGCUCAUUCAGCCCCACCUUUCCUGACCACCACAUGAUAGACAGGACCGUAGGGGCUAGGGGGACCAGACCCCGCCGAGCUAGGGGGCCCCGAUCCAGCACAGAGCCCGGGGUGGGAUGGACCUUCACCUCUAGGGGGUAAAGCAGGGGCCUGUGGGCAGCUUUAAGUUCCCCAGAGUAAGAACCGCCCUGCCCUGCCCAGACUCACCCCAUCCAUGGGUCCCCCACCUGCUGUCUGGGAGAGAGAGGAAAGGAGAUGACAGGCAGGAGAAGGUCUGGUUGUAAGCUGGCUGGCAGGGAGAUGGAGGGGCAUGGAAACAGGGUGUGGGGGACUGGUGCCUGUUGAAGAUCACCUAAGACCAAAGAGACAAGCAGUGAUAGAGCCCAGAGUCGGGGAUUAGACUCAGCGGCCGAAACCCAGAGAGCUGGCCUUUUAAGAGGAGGGUAAAAAUUCAAACCAGAACAGUUCCACUUGGACCCAUGCUUAAAGGAACAGGCACCCAAGGGGCACCCCCUCUCCCUGUAGCCAUCCCCAGCCCAGGAGAAUCAGAAGAUCGCAGUGAGGGAAGGGUGAGAGGGGAGGGAGUGAGGAGCAAGAUAGAUCCCAAAUACACCAGAAUCCUGUGGUGGGGCCGGGGUGGCUAUUCCCCCUCAGACAGUUUCCAGAGACCCCAUGUGAUGGUGGGGGCAGCAGCCUCCACUGAGGCAAGUUUGUAUUAAAAAUGGUAAAAGA